AUGAUAUAUAAAGCAAUCAACAACAACAACAACAAUGGUCGACAUUAUCAUCAUGUGACCUAUUUUAUAGUUUUAAUGAUAAUGAUAAUAGCAUUUGGUGGAAAACCAAUAGAAGCUAUGAAAUCAAAUAGAGAUAUAACAUUGGAUGGACAAUACUAUAUGAUUGAAUCAUUUGGAUUUGGUGAUGGUGGUUCUGUUCACCUUUUAAGCACGGUUCCAUCUGAAAUCAAUCAUGGCAACCUAACGUUUUGGAUGUGUCAGGAUAGAGAUUUCAAGAGUUUGAUUGGAACAUCAUCGAGUGGUGGAAAGAUUGAAAGUAAACUAUGUUCAAAUCCAGAUGAAGGUGAAUGUAUAGUUAGGUCAAUACCAGUGUUCAAUGAACAACCACUAUCGAUCAUUGUCAACACUACCGAUAUGUAUCGUCUCAUUCUACUCAAUUGUGGAGCACAAGACGGUCAAAAUACAAAUUACAAACUAUCACUCGACUAUUCACUAAAGAAUCCUGGUGGUUAUCUUCCAGUUGGUUAUCUUCAACUUCCACAGGCAUAUCUGUACUUUACCAUUAUUGCAGGUGUCUUUUUUAUCGCCUACAAUUAUAUUAUCACGAAAAAUAGAAGAUUUAUAAAUGAAAUUCAUUAUAUUCUUGGUAUUAUUUGUAUUGGUGUUAAAAGUGCAAACAAUUCUGGAAAAUGGAAUAUGACAGCCAAUUUUUAUAAUGAUGUUUAUGUAGUAUUUUCUUUCACUUAUGAUACUUUACCUCUUUAUGAUGCCCAAAAUCUUUACAAAUAUAACAAAAAAUUUACGAUUAAUAGGUUCUCAUCUUGUUUUGUCAAGGUAAAUAAUAUGUAUACAAAUAAUUCAAUUGCUCAUAGAUUAGAACAAAAGAAAAAAUUAAUGCAUAAACUAAGAACAGCAGUUGUAGUAUAUUUGGGUGCUAUUCUAGUCGUUAAUAGUAUGAGGGUAAUCAUGGUUUGGAAUUUAUAUUGGCUAACAUUGUGUAUAUCAGAACCGGUAUCACUAGCAAUGCUUUGGUAUUGUUGCUAUCUUCUUCGUCCAUUUAGAAGAAAUCCAAUAUUUAUUGGUGCUAAUUUGGAUUCUGUAAAUAUGGAGGAUUUGACAAGAAGAUUAGAGGGCAUGAUUGGCGAAACUUCAUUGGAUCCACUAUCACUCUCCUCUGUUUUAAACACAAAAAAUAAUUUUGAUCCUAGAAAAUGCAUCUUUAUUCAAUACCCCUAUGAUAGUGGUGCUGCACUUGGUGUAUUGGUUGAUACACCUCUGACUUUAAAUGUACAACAACAACAACAACAAAAUGGCUUAAAAUCUCCAAAAUGGUUUUCUUUUUAA